AUGGUUCCCGCUCAGUCGCAUCUUCUUCACAUACGAAAGAGAAGAAGGGCAUGCCUCACAUGCACAAACUGCCGGUUCAGAAAGGUUAAGUGCGACCAGAAUAAGCCAUGCUCAGCGUGCACGAAGAGAGGAAUCCCUCCAGAGCUGUGUGUCUAUGAACAGCCGGCUCCAGGUGCCAACAGCGGUGAGGGAGACUCCAAGAGGACAAGUGGGCGAAGUGAGCUGUUGGAGUCUGACCAGCGCACGAUGGUGCUACUGCUCAACGAAAACAGCAAGUUGAAGAGGGAGCUGGAUGCGCUGAAAGCUCAAUUGGAAGGUAAAGACGAUGGGCCCGUGGAUAAGAAGAAGAGGCUCCAGGUGAAGAUACCGGAUUCCUUGGUUGUUAAGACUGAUCGGUUGGCAUACUAUGGCCCGACGAGCUGGA